CAUUCCAAAACAUCCGGAGAGGUUUUGAUUUGUUUCGUUCUCAGUUCUGUUAUCUUGUUCAACAUUACAUCUAUAAAAUAAGAACUUUUUCUUUAAUGUUAGUUUACUGUAUUUUUGACCGGGACCUAUCGGAGUGCUGAGUUAUGCGAUUGGUCAGUCUGCCUGCCAGUAAUGAAAAAGGCGAGAACUGCAAAUAGAUUUCGUUUCGUGAAUCGCGGAUUAAGUUAUCUUGUCUAUGGCGUGGAACGUAAACUUUACUUGACUACCAUUUAUAGUUUACAGAAAGAAGCUCAUCAUUUGGACUUGCAUAUCGAUUUGACUGAUGAUUCUGUUGUGAUUAAAGACGUUUCCUAAUGGAGUGCUAAGGUUUAAGUAUAUCUGAUGGAAAUGGUGAACUUUCUAACAUUGUGUCCAUUGAAAUUCAUAUCUCCAUUAAGUUCAAACAAAGGAAGAGGAGAAAGAAAUUAAGCCUACAUUUUCAAAGAAUAUAAAUUCUUGGGUCUAUGGUCUCAACACAAAUGGCCUAAUUUCUUUUCUGACAGGUUUUGUGGCAGAUGCGUGGAAUGAAGAUAGUGUUUUUGUCUCGUUGUGUGGUGGUUCUUUUCUGUGCAAGUGCUUUAACUUCAUUGCUGAUAAUAAAAAUGAUUUGUUCAAAAUAUGUUCUUCAGGAGGAUAGCUACUACAGAUGGAAACAAAGAAGUACUAGCUUCUCAAAGCUUUCAGAGCACAAAUCAGGUGUGGAUUUUAUGUCCCUGCAAAAUUCUAAUUACAAGGAGCCAAUUUGUGAAAAAGAUAUUGUACUGAUAAUCCUGGUGACAUCAGCACCGUGGCAUUUAAAACAAAGGAAUACAAUACGAAACACUUGGGCAAAAAAACAGCAAGACAAGAAGUACCCUUGGCAGACAUUUUUCCUUAUUGGUCAUCCGUGGGCGGAUGGCAUAUCACCAGAAUUUGUUAAAGAACAGGAACUGUUUGGUGAUAUUUUAUUGGGGAAUUAUGCAGACUGUUACCGAAAUCUGACACUUAAAGUGAUGCAUGGCCUGUGGUGGACUUUGAAAGACUGUGAAGCACAAUAUAUUCUGAAAACUGAUGAUGACUGUUUUGUUAAUAGUGACAGGCUGGUUCGUUUCUUGGUCGAACACAACACUGUGAGACAUGAUCUUUAUAUUGGAUCUGUUUUUGCGCCAGGAAAAAGACAAGUUAUUAGGGAUCCUGAGAGCAAAUGGUAUGUUUCCAAAGAAGAUUUCCUGGAAGAUAACUACCCUCCUUAUGCCAGUGGGAUUGGUUAUCUCCUGUCUCUGGAUGCUGCUUACAGAAUACUUACAGCUGCUCAGUAUAUCCCAGUACUGCCAGUUGAAGAUGCCUAUGUGGGAAUUUUAGCUAACAAAGUUGGACUAUCUGUGAAAUCAAGUGGACGCUUCACAAAAUACAACAUUAACUGGAGAGUAUGUAACUAUAGGUACCUCAUGGUAAUUCAUCAUUUGGAUAGCAAAGAGAUGCAUAUGGCACAUCAAAAUAUGAUAAAAGCAAGAACUGCAUGUUCAGACACUGCAGAAAUUAUAAAAUGGAAAUAACAUAACCCUCAAAUUCCCUUUAUAGAAAAUAAUUACCUAUUACAGUUUAAAUGGCAAAAGUCCAAAAAUGAACAGUGCACUGUAUGCACAAAGAGCAUCAGUGAUUAUGCAAAUUCAGAAGCGAAAUAAUAUUCAUAUAGCAAACCAAAAUCCUCAGGGUUUUCAAGACAUAUUAGCAAAUGACUGAAGAGAGGACAAAAGUAAUUUAGAGAAAAUUAGAAAUUAAAUGAAAACUCCAGGUACUGUGAAAACUGUUCAUUGAAGCCAUCAGAUUAUAGAGUUUGCAUUUCUAAAGGCUCAGCAAUUGCAUUAUUUUGUUUACAUGUCAGUAUUUUUUAGUUUGUCAAUGUUCUGCUGUUUUCUGGGCGUUCAAUUUAUACCAGAAAACAAAAAGAUAUUAGCAGCAUUCAGUACAUUUAAUUAUAAUUGUGUGAAUAACAUGCCAAAGGGAAGCCCACUAGUGUUAUGGUCAAUGUUGCCGUGUCACAGAUAGGCAUCCCGGGUUUAAAUCAUUAAAAUGUGGGGAGUUUAAAAUGUUCUCCACUUGUCUGUAUAGGAUUUUGAACUGGGUAGUCCAGUUAUACUCCCUCGUCCCAUAUGUUUGUGUGUUAGAUGAAUUGGUGACUCAAUCUUGGCCUGGUGGGGUGUAUAUUUAAGUGUGGCUUGUCCCCCAUGCCAAUGGAUUGCAUUAAGGGGGACUGAGAGAAUGAUUGGUGCAGUGGGUACUGGUGAUGCCUCAAAGGUUUAAAUGCCACACCUGGAUAAUGUCUGGGUGGAUUGUCUUUUUGGCACAUUGGUUUUAGUUGUUUAUCUUAUUUAAAUGUUUAGAGCUUUACCUUCCUACCUUGUGCCUAGUGCUGCUAAGUAAACUUCUUCUCCUGUAGCCAUGAAUUGGAUAAAGUGGGAUAGAAAAUGAAACGUGGUAAGACCUGUCAACCUAAGUUUGAAAAACCACAGCCACAUUUAAAAGUUAGUGUUUUGUUUGUACCGAAGCUGCAGAUAUUUUUUUUUUUAUAAAACAAAUAGCAUGUGUUGUUUUGUGCUUUGUUUAAUAAUUUUUAAAAUGCUAAUUUUGUUCAUCAUUCCAUCUCUCUUUCAUACCUUUCAUAUAAUGUGAACUGACUGCUGUCAAAUGGAAAAAGCACAAUUUAAAUUAUCAAUAGAGAUGAGUUCAAAUUAUCAAUCAAUGUAUAUUUUUCAUAUACUGCAAUUCUAAAUAAUAAAUUAAAACAGGACACUACUUAGUGACCUUUUUGUUCUAGGUAGUUCCUAUGAUGCUAUUUUUGCCACAAAGUAUUACUAUUGGUAAGUGUUCUUUAAAAUAUAUUGUUUUUUUGCUUGCUGUCAGGCAAUUAAUGUGUUUUAAAAGGUGCUUGGUUUGCAUUUACAGCCAGAAUAUUGUAAUUUGCACAAAAGUGUUAAGGUGUUUAUAAGUUAACCAGGAAAAAAGAUGGGGUUAAAAUACAAAAAUUAGUCAAAUACAUGGAGAUCAAGAAUAUAGUAACUUAAAACCAAAACAUGAGACAAGAAUCUGUGUUGAAAAUAUCAAAACAAAGGUAUUGAGUCAGCAGACCAUUAAAGUAAGGAAAUAGUGAGGACUUGUUUUUAAAUCCGUAUACUCUGUUAGUUUUCAGCCAGUGUUCCUUCACAGCUUCAGUUCAAAUUUCCUUAUUCAUUUUUUAUUCUAUUUUUGUUAAUAUUUUUGCUUAUUUAGAUUCAGUGGGUCUGUAUCUUCUGUUAUGCUUCAAGUGUCUUGUGGGGGAUUCCCCAAGAGGUAGGGUCUCCUGCCUAUCACUGUCAAGGUGCCUAUCUGUCAACCCUAUAAAGGCUGGAGGAACAAGCAGUCCCUUGUGGAUCAUUUGAAUGUGCUUAGUGGUUUUGACGAGUUGUAUUAAUUAUUGUGUUUUUUCUUGAAUUCCUGUAUGUGUGUCCUUUUAUGCUCUGUUUUUUGACCCUUCUCUCUUGAUUUGUGUUUUUUGAACUGAUUUACUUUGGGAUUGCCUUUUAGGCAGCUCUUUCUGCGCCUUUUCUGCUCCAUGGAGUUUUUUGUUAAGAAAGGAAUUUUUUGUGACGUACAUAUUUGAAAAGAAUCUCUAAAUGCCAUUUAUGUAUACAAGCUGAAACUUGAAUGGAUCAUUCCUCAUGUUGGGGGUUUUUGUUAUGGUUUGCUGGGAUUUUAUGUUAAAGUUCUCUUUUGGAUAAGGAUUUGACCUCACAGUAUCCUUUUGCAUUGUGAUUGAAUGGGAGUUCAAAAAUGGUUAUGAAAAUGUUCCAAAAAAUUCACAACAAAAAAACUGUAAGCCCUAAAAUGAAAAACUAAUAUCAUUACCAAAAUCUUUUGGGUAAAACAUACAAAAAUCAGAUGCAAAUACAUACUGUACCUUAAGGGCCAGGGAAAAGUGGAAAAAAAAAAAACCUACGAUAAAAUAUCCAUCACUGAAAAUUAUUUUUAACCAGUUCUUUAACCAAUUCUGUAGUCCGCAUGUGUAAAUUGCACUGUGGGAUCUUCUGUCAGGUUUGUCAGUUCAACCAUUGCUUAUGUGUCUUUCUACUGGAGGCUCCAGUUUCUUUCCACCAUCAAGUGAACUGAAUACUGUGAAUUGCUGUCAAAGCAAUGAGUUUGGCUUUAUUUGACUAAGCUCUGCUCCCCAGGAUUAAUUCUGCUUCUGUUAGGGUAUGCUUUCAUUUUUUGGAAUACUGAAUUCAUUAUGGAAAGAAUUGUGUGUUCAAACAUUUUUUUUAUUUACUUAAUUUUAUGUUUCAUUAUACACCUUGUUUGUAACAUGAAGUGGCUUGGUAAAUAUUGGCUUGUAUCCCUGCAGUAUUAUUUAUUAACAGUGUUUGUGGCAUGCAUGUGUAAGUAGAAAAGGAAAAGUGCUGCAUACACUUAGGUUUCAUUUCAUUUCUGACGGUAUUCUCAAAUGUGUUUUAUUAAACCUCAUAUUUUUGUUAUUUUCUUCUUUCUUUUUUAUUGCACUCACAAAAUAUUUUGAUGUAUUUGAAACAUCUGACCUAAUCUUUGGAGCAUGUCAGCAGGAUAAAUGAAACAUUUAGGAACAAUAAAAACUUAAGGAUACCAAUGUGUAACAAAUCUGUCUCAUGUAAUUUGCAUUCACUACUGCAUCUAUGAGAACUGGCAAUGGAGUAAAAUUAGCCUCCAUGGUAUAGUAGUCAUUCAGAUGAUAAUGAUCUAGCACAAUCAGGAAUAUAUAGAGCAAAGAGCCUGGUGGUAAACUAACAAACAAGCUAAAUAAUAAAUUACUAACCUUUAACAAUUAGAAAAUCUGGCUGAAUUUAAAUGUAAACAGUAACUGCCUUAGCGAGUUAAUUAAACAUCUGCUUGCGUGUAGAUGAACUUGACGGAUUUGCACCCACCAUUUCACAAAGUGGUCACUUUGAGAAGACAGCACACAUGCAGAUUAUUUCAGGAAUUCAUUGGAAAAAAUGCCUGAAAUCAAAUUUCCAAGAAGAAUCAAUA